CCCAGCUGGCUUUGCGCGAGCAGUGUGUAUGUUCGGAAGAGCUCAGCUUGUAGUAAUUUCUUGCAUUUCAUAGUAAGAUACGUUGAAACAAACCGGCGAUCACAAUGAGAGAUGUCACCGGGUACCUCAAACAGCAACAGAGCAAGAGCUCAACGCCAGAGAUGGCAACAGAAUGGCACACGUUGGAGGACCUUUACAAUAAAAAAUUGUGGCACCAGCUGACACUGAAGCUCACAGACUUUGUGCAGGACCCCUAUUUUGCCUCAGACGAUGGCCUCAUCCAACUUUAUGAAAACUUCCUGAGUGACUUUGAGCACAGAAUCAACCCACUGUCCCUGGUGGAGAUCAUCCUUUUCGUCACCAGAAAGAUGAAAGAACCCACCACUGCCAUAACCUUCCUCGAGAAAACAAAAGAAAAGGUGAAAAGCAGCGACGAAGCGGUCAUUCUCUGCAAGACCUCCAUCGGCAGCCUCAAGCUGGAAAUAAACGACCUUCCUGCCACAAAGAAGCUGAUCGAGGAGGUGGAGGAGAUGCUGAACAACCUGCCCGGCGUCACCUCGGUGCACGGAAGAUUCUACGACCUCUCCAGCAAGUACUACCGCAUCAUCGGGAACCACGCCUCGUACUACAAGGACGCGCUGCGCUACCUGGGCUGUGUGGACGCGAAGGAUCUGCCAGAGGCCGAGCAGCAGGAGAGAGCCUUCACUUUGGGGCUGGCCGGACUCCUGGGGGAAGGAGUGUACAACUUUGGAGAGCUGCUGAUGCACCCAGUGCUGGAGUCUCUAAGGAACACAGACAAGCAGUGGCUGAUUGACACCCUGUACGCCUUCAACGGGGGCAACGUGGAGAAGUUCCAGGCCUUUAAGACUGCGUGGGGCCAGCAGCCUGAUCUGGCAGCACAGGAAGUCAAGCUAAUGCAGAAAAUCCAGCUGCUUUGUGUGAUGGAGAUGACGUUCACCCGUCCAGCCAAUCACAGGCAGCUGACUUUCCACGAAAUCGCCCAGAGUGCCAAAAUCCCUGUAGAUGAGGUGGAGCUGUUGGUGAUGAAGGCGCUGUCCGUCGGACUGAUCAAGGGGAACAUCGAUGAGGUGGACCAGAGAGUGCAGAUGACCUGGGUGCAGCCCAGAGUGCUGGACCUGCAGCAGAUUAAGAGCAUGAAGGAGCGGCUGGACCUGUGGUGUGGCGAUGUGAAGAACAUGGCCAUGCUGGUGGAGCAGCAGGCCCACGACGUCCUCACCUAAAACUGCACCGCUCCCCCCCCCCACGGCCGUGUGCCCGUCCCGUUCUAACGUGGGUCCUGCGGAUCCAAACCCCACCCCCAGGAGGGUUUUCCCCGUUUUCCCAUAUUGUGACUGUAAGAGGUAUAUAACUGCUACACCCAACUCCAGGUAUAUCAACAACAACAAAACAAAUGAGGCCUCUUAUGUAUUCAGUUUUAUAUGUAACGUUGGGUGCCAUGUGCUGUUGGACUUUUUUUUUUUUUUUUUUAAUACCACUUUAAAAACUAAGUUUUGGACCAUGUAUCCCCACCCCCUACAUUUAUGGGAUUUCUUUUUUUUUGGCCUGUUAAAAUUGACUUGUUACUGUUUGUCAACACAUAAUAUACCUAGGAUGCUUUUUAUACCAAACAAAGUCGAAGUUAGCACCACCUUUACUAGUUCAUAGAAACUGAACAUUUGUUUCCAGACUGAAUAAAGGAAGCCCAUUCUCUUGUAUCAUA